GAGAGAGAGAGAGCAUGGGGGAAGAGUUUGCAGAGGAAAUGGAAAUGAAAGUGAAGACUACCCUAAAGAAGCCACACUUUGUUAUGAUACAUGGUAUUAGUGGGGGAGGGUGGUGCUGGUACAAAAUCAGAUGCCUAAUGGAGAAUUCCGGCUACAAAGUUUCAUGUAUUGAUCUCAAAGGUUCUGGCAUCGAUCAAAUUGACCCCAAUACAGUUCUUUCCUUCAAAGAAUACAACAAUCCACUCUUACAAUUCUUGUCAUCCUUAAACGACAACGAAAAGGUGAUUUUGGUAGGACAUAGUGCUGGGGGGCUUAGUUUGACAGAUGCAAUUCACAAAUUUGCAAAGAAAAUCAGUCUCGCAGUGUAUGUUGCGGCCACCAUGUUGAAAACGGGAUAUGUGACGAAGGAAGAUAUCAAAGAUGGAGUGCCGGAUCUAUCUAACUUCGGAGAAAUUGGAGAUGUAUAUGAUAUUGGCUUUGGAAUGGGACUUGAUCAUCCUCCAACCAGUAUGCUUAUUAAGGAAGAAUUACAACGAAAAAUCAUUUACCAAUUAUCACCUCAAGAGGAUUCCACGCUAGCAGCCAUGCUUUUGAGACCAGGACCAAUCCAAGCACUAAAAUCUGCUUACUUUGAAGAGGGAGAGGAUGCAGAUGGAGUUCCUCGUAUAUACAUUAAAACAACCCAUGAUCAUGUAAUAAAACCUCAACAACAACAUGCAAUGAUCAAGAAAUGGCCACCAACAGAUGUUUAUGUUUUGGAAAGUGAUCACAGCCCAUUUUUCUCUGCGCCAUUUACACUCUUUGGCUUGCUUGUCAAGGCUGCAAUUUCUGCUGGAUGCAUCUAGCUGGUCAAGGGGAGAAUGGACAUUCUUAGAAAAGAUAUUAAGAUAUAUCUUUGUAUAUUUUAUUCAUUCUACUAUCAUUGAACAUUCAAGUUCUCGUUUCUGUUGCAUUCAUCCCGGUUUUAUUUAAUAGACACACUAAGGAAGAAAGAAGAUGGAAUGUGCCCUGUAUUGGAGAUUGUAUUUGUCCGUGUAUCUGCGAUGUAUGAAAAGA